AUGAAGGUGCCUCCAGGGGGAAACUGCGAGAAUUACCCGGAAGACUGUGUAGAAAAUGCUGUUUGUCAGGAGAUGUGCACUUGUAACGAAGGAUUCCAGGAAGAAGGAGAUCACUGUGAAGCUAAUCCGGAUCCAGGUCUGGGCGAACCAUGCGACUCAAUCAUACAAAAUUGCAUCACCGAAAAUGCAGAAUGCGUCGGAGAUGCUGAAUCAAAGAAGUGCCGAUGCAAGGAUGGAUAUGUACUGGAUGGAGACGUUUGCAGUGAGUAG